UGCCUACCGUGGUCCAUGAUUCACAGUUGUAGUAGUCUAUUUAGUAUUUUAGUACCUAUUUACUUUAGUCGACAAAGACCAGUCGUUGAGUCGCGUUGAGUACAAUUUCUAACGUCGGAACUUGUCAGUGAUAGUAUUUUAGUAUUUAUUCAAAUUUCAAAAUGAAGUUUUUGUUCUUCACAGUUUUACUACUACUGUAUGUUGGCCAUUGUAUGUCAGCUAAUAUAUUAGCAUUUUUACCUACAUUUGCUAGAAGUCACUAUGGUGGUUUCCAACCACUGUUGAAGGAACUAGCUGUAAGAGGUCAUAAUGUAACAGUUUUAUCGCAUUUUCCUCUAAAAAAUCCGCCACCAAACUAUCACCAUAUUGAUGUUUCAAUAAAAGAAAGACAAGAUAAUAAUUUUAGCAUGUUAUCUAUAGCACCAUACUUAAAAUCAUUGAUUAUCCCUAUUGGAACUUUGUUUUUUGCAAGUCAAUUUACAUUAGAAACAUUGAACAAUAUAAAAGUUAAAGAAUUUAUUCAUUCAGAUGGCUAUCAGUUUGAUGUUGUAAUUUUUGAAAACUUUCAACAUGAAUGCUUUGUGUCAAUGAGCCAUAAAUUUGGUGCUCAUGCUAUUCAACUAUUCCCAGCUACACCAACUGCUUUUCCCUCACAAUGGUAUAGUCAACCUUUUAAUCCUUCUUACAUUCCAGAUCCUAAUUCUGGGUACAAAGAUCAUAUGACUUUAUUUGAACGAACUAUAAAUUUUCUUGUAACAUGCCUCCAAUUUUUUUUGUUUCCUAUAUUUUAUAUGCCCAAACAAAAUGAAAUCAUGUUGAAACAUUUCAAUUAUACUGGUUCGGAAUCUAGACCAUCGUUGGAAGAAAUGAUGAAAAAUAUUUCAUUAACACUAAUAAACACACACUUUACUUUAGGAACACCCAGGCCGCUUGUUCCAAGUUUUAUAGAAGUUGCUGGAAUGCAUUUAAAGCCUUCUUCUAAACUACCUAAAGACUUACAAGAGCUUAUGGAUAACUCACCUGAUGGUGUUGUGUAUUUUAGUUUUGGAUCUGUUGUCAAAGGUAGUCAUUUGCCCAUGUAUCAAGUAGAAAUGUUCUUGCGUCAAUUAAGUCAAAUAAAGCAAAAAGUCUUAUGGAAAUGGGAAUCUGAUAAUUUACCAGAAUUGCCACCUAAUGUAGUAGUUAGAAAAUGGUUUCCACAAGUUGACAUUCUUGGACAUCCUAAUUGUGUGCUUUUUAUUACUCAUGGAGGUAUACACAGUGUUGAAGAGGCAGUUUACUAUGGAGUUCCAAUGUUAGCUAUAUCCAUUUUUGGUGAUCAACUGUAUAAUUCGAUAAUGAUGGAAUCUAGAGGAGCUGCUAUACGAUUAAAAUAUACGGAACUUACUGAAAAACGUUUUGGAUAUAGUUUACAAGAAAUUCUUAGUAAUACAUCGUACAAAGAAAAUGCAAUUAAAUUGUGUAAAAUAUUUCAUGAUCAACCAAUAAAACCGUUAGAUAAAGCAGUUUACUGGAUUGAAUAUGUUAUACGCCAUAAUGGUGCUCAUCAUCUAAAAACUGCUGGAAACAAACUUAAUUGGUUCCAGUUUUUAUCUAUUGAUGUAAUGUUUGUGCUCAUAAUUACUAUAUUUUUCUUUUUUCUUUUUUCUUUUUAUGCCAUCAAAUUUAUUUACAAAUUUGUCACUGAAUUUCGCAAGUACAAUAUAGAAACUGAUGAUGAUAAAAAAGACAAUUAAAUGGUAAACAAUUGUAGUUAAUGUUUGAGUAAGAUAAUAUUUAAUUAUAAAUUCAACUUUUAUGACAAUAUUGAUUGUAAUUUUAAUUAAAUAUUAUUAUAUGCAGGUUAGUAACUAUAAUUAUUUUGGUGUUUUCUCCGUAGAUGUUAAUUUAUAAAAUGUCAUCAUUGGUAGACUUCUUUUAUUGCGCAUCUCAUAAAAAAAAAAAAAUUCAACAUACAUCAGCAUAAACUACAGGCUUGUUGUAAUUUAAAUACUUCAGAUUGUUUGUUUUUAAAAUAAAGUUUAAAAAAUAUGUUAAUUUAACUCUGCAUAUAUAAGCAAAAAGAAUAUUUGAUAUUAUGUGUUCUAUACAUAUACAUAUUAUGUGAAAUAUGAAAAAUCAAAAAAAUCAAAAAAUUAAGUUAACACCUUUAUUCAAUGUUUUUUUUUUUUUUUAUAUAUAUAUAUAUACUUAAUAAAGCUAUCUAUUUUUUAUUUUAGUUUGAUGAAUUUGAAAAUUUUAUUAUUUUAAUAAUUUGUAUUUAUAAAUUGAAUUUUAUUUAUUAAUAAUUUAUAACUAUAAAGUAUAAACUUACUAAAUAAUUUACUAGAAUAGAUAAUUGCCUUUAACAAAUAGUUUUGUUUAAGUUUAAUUGAGCUUAUUAAUUUAAAUUGUUAAAUGAGUUUCUAUUUAUAUAAAUUUAAUAGGUUUGUAUCUUUGCUUUUUUUUUAUAUAGAUGUAAAUUGUAGAGAAAAAAUCAAUUAAUAGAUAAAUAGAUCAAUUCUAUAGGUAUUACAUUUCUGCAAAGGUGGGCAUUAACUAGUUAAAAAGUUAAUUUUUUUUUUAACUUUUUAACUUAACUAGUUUAAUUUACUGUUUAAAUAACUUAGCUUUUCAUUAUUGAUUUAAAAAUAUUCAUCAAGUUAAAAGCAUUUUGAAAUUUUUCGUUUGUACAUAAAAAUUACUAUAUUAGAAUAAAAUAAAAAUAUCCAAUAGCACAAACUAAUGUAUAAAUUAUAUAAUUUUAUAGUUGUGUAUAAUAUAUACAUGAUAAUAUUAUGCCGUUCUAUACUUAUACACAAUAUUAUGAAUUUAAAUAGCAUUCACUCUUUAUGUUAUUUACAUACUAAUUUAAAAAAAUAGAUCAACUUUUUUUAAACUGAGUCAAAUUAAUAUUUUUUUCCAUAUUAACUUUUAACUUAUCAAGUUAAAUUUAUAAUUUAUUAACUGCUAACUUUUAACUUAUCGAUAUUAUAUCCUCUUAACUUAACUUAACUUGAGUUAAUUAUUUUCAUUAAUUUACCCACCUUUGCAUUUCUAUGUCUGUUAGAUGAUACUAUAAUAUUGUGUAAUUGUGCUACAUGUAAUGAAUGAAUUUAUGAAUUUCUGUUUCGUGAAAUGGAUCAAAAUAUCAAAUAGAUGAGACAUGUACUUAAUAAAAAUGUAUUUGGGACAAACAUGGCAAUAUAUGGAUUUUAGGGUAUGAAAUUUACUUGUAAAUACUAAAUUACUAAUUUGUACUACAGUAUUUUGAUCAUAAUUUGGUAUAAAUAAACACAUUUUACUUAUGCUUUUAAA